CGAUCAGCAGCCGUCAGUGACCCAAUAGGACCAUGAGGUUCUGAGGUCAGGGCAGUGGAGGUGGGAAUAAAAUUCCCGGGCCUCUCCAUCCCCCUCCCAGCCCGAGCUGUGGACGAAGAGACAUGCCCAUCGUGCGGAGUGAAGGGUGGGGAGGGGGCCUUUUCAGAAGAGGGGGGUCAUUGAAACGAGUAGAGAAGAGAGCACAGCGACAGUGGCAUUUGAGUCUGAGCAAAGUGGAAAAGAGGAAGGCAGUCCGUGGGCAGCCCAGCCCAGAGCCGUCUGAGCAGCAGGAAGGGGAUGCAGCUGCUGUUGAUCCUGUUGGGGGUCCUCCUGGGGGCACCCUGGGCCCGGGCCUGGUCCCUGGACACCUCUGAGGAAGUGGAGCUGGAGCCCUGCCUGGCCCCAGGCCCGGAGCAGCAGGAGCAGGAGCUGACCGUGGCCCUCGGGAAGCCAGUGCGUCUCUGCUGUGGGCGGGCCGAGUGUGGCGGCCACUGGUACAAGGAGGGCAGUCGCCUGGCCCCUGCCGGCCGGGUUCGGGGCUGGAGAGGCCGCCUGGAGAUUGCCGGCUUCCUCCCUGAGGAUGCUGGCCGCUACCUCUGCCUGGCCCGAGGCUCCAUGCUUGUCCUGCACAAUCUCACCCUGACCGUGGCUGACCCCUUGACCUCCAGCAACGACGAUGAGGACCCCGACACCCUCAGGGGCCUCUCACAUGGGCACGUGUACCCCCAGCAAGCUCCCUACUGGACACACCCCCAGCGCAUGGAGAAGAAGCUGCAUGCGGUGCCCGCAGGGAACACCGUCAAGUUCCGCUGCCCGGCCGCAGGCGACCCGACGCCCACCAUCCGCUGGCUCAAGGAUGGGCAGGACUUCCAUGGGGAGCAGCGCAUUGGAGGCAUUCGGCUGCGCCACCAGCACUGGAGCCUGGUGAUGGAAAGCGUGGUGCCCUCGGACCGUGGCACAUACACCUGCCUUGUGGAGAACUCCGUGGGCAGCAUCCGCUACAGCUACCUGCUAGACGUGCUGGAGCGGUCCCCGCACCGGCCCAUCCUGCAGGCAGGGCUCCCAGCCAACACCACAGCUGUGGUGGGCAGCGACGUGGAGCUGCUGUGCAAGGUGUACAGCGACGCCCAGCCCCACAUCCAGUGGCUGAAACACAUCGUCAUCAACGGCAGCAGCUUCGGCGCUGACGGCUUCCCCUACGUCCAAGUCCUAAAGACAGCAGACAUCAACAGCUCAGAGGUGGAGGUGCUGUACCUGCGGAACGUGUCAGCUGAGGACGCGGGCGAGUACACCUGCCUGGCAGGCAACUCCAUCGGCCUCUCCUACCAGUCGGCCUGGCUCACGGUGCUGCCAGAGGAGGACCUUGCGUGGACAGCAGCGGCACCCGAGGCCAGGUAUACGGACAUUAUCCUGUACUCGUCGGGCUCCCUGGCUUUGGCUGUGCUCCUGCUGCUGGCCGGGCUGUACCGCGGGCAGGCGCUCCACGGCCGGGCCACCCGCCAGCCCGCCACUGUGCAGAAGCUGUCCCGCUUCCCUCUGGCCCGACAGUUCUCCUUGGAGUCCGGCUCCUCGGGCAAGUCAAGCUCGUCCCUGGUGCGGGGUGUCCGUCUGUCCUCCAGCGGUCCCCCCUUGCUCGCUGGCCUCGUGAGUCUAGACCUCCCCCUGGACCCGCUGUGGGAGUUCCCCCGGGACAGGCUGGUGCUCGGGAAGCCGCUGGGCGAGGGCUGCUUCGGGCAGGUGGUGCGGGCAGAGGCCUUGGGCAUGGACCCGGCCCGGCCUGACCAGGCCAGCACAGUGGCCGUCAAGAUGCUUAAGGACAACGCCUCCGACAAGGACUUGGCGGACCUGGUCUCCGAGAUGGAGGUGAUGAAGCUGAUUGGCCGGCACAAGAACAUCAUCAAUCUGCUGGGUGUCUGCACCCAGGAAGGGCCCCUGUAUGUGAUCGUGGAGUGCGCCGCCAAGGGAAACCUGCGGGAGUUCCUGCGGGCCCGGCGCCCCCCAGGCCCAGAACUCAGCCCCGACGGGCCUCGGAGCAGCGAGGGGCCACUCUCCUUCCCCGCCCUGGUCUCCUGCGCCUACCAGGUGGCCCGGGGCAUGCAGUACCUGGAGUCACGGAAGUGCAUCCACCGGGACCUGGCUGCCCGCAACGUGCUGGUGACCGAGGACAAUGUGAUGAAAAUCGCUGACUUCGGGCUGGCCCGUGGCGUCCACCACAUUGACUACUACAAGAAAACCAGCAAUGGCCGCCUGCCUGUCAAGUGGAUGGCACCCGAGGCGUUGUUUGACCGAGUCUACACGCACCAGAGUGAUGUGUGGUCAUUCGGGAUCCUGCUGUGGGAGAUCUUCACCCUCGGGGGCUCCCCAUACCCUGGCAUCCCUGUGGAGGAGCUGUUCUCGCUGCUGCGGGAGGGACAUCGCAUGGACCGGCCCCCACAAUGCCCCCUAGAGCUGUACGGGCUGAUGCGCGAGUGCUGGCAUGCCGCACCCUCCCAGAGGCCCACUUUCAAGCAGCUGGUGGAGGCCCUGGACAAGGUCCUGCUGGCCAUCUCUGAGGAGUACCUGGACCUCCGCCUGACCUUUGGGCCCUACUCCCCCGCCGGCGGGGACGCCAGCAGCUCCUGCUCCUCCAGUGACUCCGUCUUCAGCCACGACCUCCUGCCACGGGGGCCCAGCUCCUUCCCCUUCUCCGGUGUACAGACCUGAGCAGGGGCACAAGGCCACAUGGGCAGCCCUUGGGCCCUCCUGGCUCAGCCCCAACCUGGCGUGGUCCUUGGCUUUGGCCACCCCAGGCUCUGGCCUCUGCCAACCCAGACCUCCAGUUCCACUUGGGGGAGGUCUGUCUUUGGUUCUGGGGCCCUGGGUUGAAGCCUCUUGCUCUAGCUUUGGGUCCCCAACCCGGAGUGGAACCCCCAGUUCUCAAGGCCCUGCCCUGACCCUUGGAGUUGUGUUCCCAAGCAGCGUUCUUACGGCCUAGGGUUCUGCUCUGCCGCCUGGGCCUUGGCACCCAGUGCCUGUCCCGGGGGUUUGCUUCUCCACCCCUUCCAACAGAGAGAUUUGGCCAAGGCCUCUGAGUUCCAUGUCCCCAGGCCUCCCUCUUCCCUCUGCUGCUUGUCCCAGCAUCUCGGAAAGAGGAACACUGGCCCCCGUGCCCCAGGCCGAGAGGCUAAGAGCCUGCCGAAAACAAAGAAGCAAAUGGCCUUUUAUAAAUUAUUAUUAUUUUUUUUGGAACUAGA